CAUCCUUAUGUGUGCCCUGUAAAUAUAUGUCUGGGUCCAUGGGGUGCAAGGGAAGGGGCACUGCUCUCUGCAUUACUUAAGUGCACCAUGGAUGCUCCAAAGCAUCCCUGUGCUUGGGGGGGGAGACCUGCAGACCUGCCCGUAGAUCCGUGCCUUGAGCCCUGAGCACCUUGAGGCUGAGCUGUCCUUGUGGAAGGACCAGGCCAAGGGUGACCGUGCUGAUGGAACACAAGGCUCGGGGACCCUGGUCCCCCCUUGCUGAGCCCCCGCUGGCUGUUAGGAGGCAGCAGCUGCCUGUGGGACUGCCACAAUGCAGGCAGUGCCGGGAGUGACAGCUGGUGCCAUCCGCAGCUGGCGGGAUGCAGGGAUGCAAACAGUGUGAGGAGCGGGUGACGGUGUGGGAAGGGGGAGCGUGGCCUCACACAGAGCCAGUGGCCCCAUUCCGCUGUGGGAGCUGCACCCUGAGAGAGACCCUGGGCGAGGAGGAGACGUCACCGACCUCCACGGGAACAGAGGCAAGGAGAAGACGGUGGCCAUGGUUGUGGUGGGGUUUCUCUCUAACGGAUGCAAGAAAUGAGCCCUUGCUGCCCAGGCACCAGAGCUGCCGGCUUAGCCCUCAGUGGGGAUGGCAAGCCAAACGGGGCUGAACAGCACGGACAGCCUAAAGCCGCUCCCUGUCCCCGAGCAGUCCGUAGCCCAGGAGGUGGUGGGCCUCCUCUGCAUGGUCCUGCUCACCCUCACCGCCCUGGUGGCCAACACCGUGGUGAUGGUUGUCAUUCUCAGAACCCCGCUUCUCAGGAAGUUCAUCUUUGUCGGCCACCUCUGCAUGGUUGACCUCCUCUCUGCCAUUUUCCUCAUGCCUGUGGGCAUCAUCUCCAGCUCCUCCUGCUUCAGCAGGGUGAUCUACAGCAUCGCUGAGUGCCAGGGCUUGAUAUUCCUGAAUGUCUGCUUCAUCAGUGCCUCCAUCCUCACCAUUGCCAUCAUCAGCGUGGAGCGGUACUACUACAUCGUGCACCCCAUGAGGUACGAGGUCAAGAUGACCAUCAGGCUGGCGGUGGCAGGAGUGAUCAUCAUUUGGGUCAAGUCUGUUCUCGUCACCGUCUUGGCACUAGUAGACUGGCCUCAAGGCAACGGGGCCACCAGUGCCAGCCGCUGCACGGUUUACUGGAGCCCUGGGGCCCACAAGAAGGCUUUCCUGAUCAUCUUCAGCAUUGCCUGCUUUGUCCUGCCCACCAUCAUCAUCAUCGCUGUCUAUAGCAGCGUCUACCGUGUGGCCCGCACGGCAUCCCAGCAGCCCGCCCCUGCGCCGGCACAGGCGGUAGCACCAAGACACCGCUCUGACUCCAUUGCCAGCCUGGUGGCCGUCAUCAUCACCAGGAACCUGACGGUGCCCAGGCUGGCGCCAGAGCGCUUUUUGGGAGGCAACAAGGCCGUCCUCACCUUGCUCCUCAUCGUGGGGCAGUUCUUGUGCUGCUGGCUGCCCUUUUUUGCCUUCCACCUGCACUCCUCCAUGGCCGCUGGCACGGAGGCUGGUGGCCACGCGGAGAUGGUGGUCACCUGGAUCGCCUACUCCUCCUUUGCCAUCAACCCCUUCUUCUACGGGUUGCUGAACCGGCAGAUCCGGGAGGAGCUGGCGCGGCUCCGGCGCAGCUGCUUCAGGCAGCCCCUGGGCCAGGAGCUCUGCCUUUCCAUCUCGGAGCCUUCUGUCCAGGAGAACCUCUUGCAGUUCCUCCAGAGAGCAACUUGCACCCUGGAGACCCAUGCGAGCUGCAUCAGCCCCGGCCCCGGCCCCAGCCCCAGGGAUAGGCUGGACCAGAGCAACGUGAGCUUCCCCAUCCCAGGUCAGGCUCCUGAAGAGAGCAGCUGAGCAGCAGGAGGCCCUGUCCCACUGUGCUGGGCAGGAGGAUGGGCAGGGAACC